AUGGAAGUCAUCGACGGCGUUCUCUCAAAAAUCACAGACGACCAAGUAAUAACAGGAAAAGUUCUGAAACAAUUAAUCACACCAAUUACUCUCGUUUUGUCAACCCUCUCAAUUCGUCAAUCCGCGCUUGACCAUUCGAAAAUUCCCCCAAAAAUUGCUUUUGAGUCGCCAUAUCCAACUCCAACAAAUUUUGCAAAUUACUCAAAACUCAAAGAAUUCGAAGAUGAGAAGUUGACGCAAAAAAUGAAAAGUUGGAUUUCCUCAACAAAAGGACAUGUCCUGUACGACACAGAAACUGAUGAGUGGAACUCAGAUCUAUUGAAAAAACAAACCCUUGGAGCCAUCAAAACGUCGUUCUACGUCUUUAGCGACCAGAACGACAUCUUUGGGUAUUACUGCAAAUACGUCGACAAACCCGACGAAUGUGACUUUGUCUUCUCGAUACAGCGGCACGGGAAAGUUGUGAAUAAAAUGUUUAAGAGGAAAAGUUCAGGUAAAAGUGGGUUGUGUAUAGGUGGUGGAAAUGUUUUGUUUAAGACCGAGGCAUUUGCAGUGCAGUCGAUUAGAGAACGACAGGCCUCAUGGAUAGAACUGGAUCUCGAGAAGAAAUUUGUAGAUCUCAAGGAAAAGUAUCUCUCAAAGUGUAAGUACCCAAGCUUCUUCGAAACCAAGAGAGUUAUAGUCGUCAAGUGGGUAUGA